AGGUGGGGGGGGAUAGACCAGCCCAGAGCUCUGAGUGGCUUCCUGUGGCCCGUCUCUAAACCCCUCCACAUUCCUGCGAGCCCUUCAGACUGCCGGAGCUGCUCUGCCUACCGCUGCUGUCUGCCCGCCUGUGCCGAGGGUCCAGCACCAUGAGGGCCUGGAUUUUCUUUCUCCUUUGCCUGGCCGGAAGGGCCUUGGCCGCCCCUCAGCAGGCCGAAGCCCUGUCUGAGGGAACAGCAGUGGAGGAGACGGUGGCUGAGGAGGCCGAGGUACCUGUGGGCACCAACCCUGUGCAAGUGGAAGUGGGGGAGUUCGAGGACGGUGCUGAGGAAGCUGUGGAGGAUGUGGGAGCCGAGAACCCCUGCCAGAACCACCACUGCAAACAUGGCAAGGUGUGCGAAGUGGACGAGAACAACACCCCCAUGUGCGUGUGCCAGGACCCCACCAGCUGCCCUGCCCCCAUCGGCGAGUUCGAGAAGGUAUGCAGCAAUGACAACAAGACCUUCGACUCCUCCUGCCACUUCUUUGCCACGAAGUGCACCCUGGAGGGCACCAAGAAGGGCCACAAGCUCCACCUGGACUACAUUGGGCCGUGCAAAUACAUCCCCCCCUGCCUGGACUCCGAGCUGACAGAAUUCCCCCUGCGCAUGCGGGACUGGCUCAAGAACGUCCUGGUCACCUUGUAUGAGAGGGACGAGGGCCACAACCUCCUGACCGAGAAGCAGAAACUGCGUGUGAAGAAGAUCCAUGAGAAUGAGAAGCGCCUGGAGGCCGGAGACCACCCCGUGGAGCUGCUGGCCCGCGACUUUGAGAAGAACUACCACAUGUACAUCUUCCCUGUCCACUGGCAGUUCGGCCAGCUGGACCAGCACCCCAUUGACGGGUACCUGUCCCACACUGAGCUGGCCCCGCUGCGUGCUCCCCUCAUUCCCAUGGAGCACUGCACCACCCGCUUCUUCGAGACCUGUGACCUGGACAAUGACAAGUACGUCGCCCUGGACGAGUGGGCCAGCUGCUUUGGCAUCAAGGAGCAGGACAUCGACAAGGAUCUCGUGGUCUAAGUCCGUGGCUCCUUCCGCAGUCCCAGAUUCUCUCUCUCUGAACAUCCCCCCCACCCCUUCCCCCGACACACUUCCUGUUCCCCCAAUGUUUAAAAUGUUUGGAUGGUCGGUUGUUCUGCCUGGGGAUAAGGUGCUAACAUAGACUCAAUUGAAUACAUUCGCGGUGCUAACAAUGAAAACUGUAACCCAAGUCACAACAUUCUUCCAUGUAACUCGACUCGGGCUUUUGCUUGCCCACCCAGUCCCAGCACCUCCUCUUCUGCGCCUCAGCGUCUCGCUGGCUGUGGUGGAAAGUUGCCUAAGGUUGCCUUACACACACUUACACACACACACACACACACACACACACACACCCUUCAGCUUUCCUCUUCAUUUUUUUCUGCUCAUUUAAUACUUACAGUCAGACUUUUGUUCAUUUCAUUUCAUGUCAGUUCAUGGUUCAUUUCAUGUCAGUUCCUGGGUUGCUACUGGGUUUCUGGGGGUGGUCUGGAGGUAGGCAAAGGGAAGUAAGAGAAAUGGGUAUAUAACAGACGCGAGGGUGUUCUGGGAUGGGAAGACCCAGCAGCCAGAACCACAUGGCAAGUCUUGAAUGCCUGGAGCUGUGACCAAGAGAAGAUUCUGGAACUGUUAAGAAACUGCAGCUUUUUCAUCAGCCCCAGUUCCUCCCCAUUUCUCCCUUUACUCUUCAGCCUGUUUCUUUUCACAUUUGGCUGCUGGUUCCAAUUUUGGGGAGCUGUAGGCUGUGGCAUGGAACAGAAUACCCCCACCAACUUCUUGGGGUGUUUCAGAUUUCUUAGCUGCUCCAGGGACUGGGUGGCUGCUUCAUAAAGGAAAGCCGGGGUCUAGAGAAAGAUGAGAGUUGUAAGGUAGAAAAAGUGGAACUGGUGAAGUGUUUACUUCUGUGCUUCACAUUUAGAUGGCUGCCUUAAGGUUUCUAGCAUGUUCCCCCCUUUCUUUUCUCUUUUUCCAUCUUCCUCUAAUCGAGAGAAAUGUCUAAGUAGAUGGGAAGGUCGGACCUCACAGGUGGAGAGCUCACUCACCUCCAAGCAUUUCAUGAGAAGGCUGCUUCUUACCGAGCGUACAGACCCUCACAGUGGCAUGAGGAGUUUGCCAAAUCCUUCAAAAUAAAAAGUAACGACUUAGAAACUGCC